AUGUCGCUAAUGACAAGAGUUUGCUGUAUUCUAAAGCCUAAAACCUUAAUAUUUCUAUUAUUGUUUAUUAUUUCCCAUUAUUAUUGUUAUUCUUCACAAUUGAACAAAAUUGCAGAACAAUUAUCUAAUUGUGGAAGAUAUACUGUUCGUAAUAAGACAAGUAAAUUAAUGGUUGAUGGCAGAAUAUUUGAUACAGUGGUGCCUCUAGGGAAUGGUUAUGAUUCUAAAAUUUUUCUCGCGUAUUCACCAGCAUUGGAUAAAUGUGUAGCAAUCAAGCGUUGCAUGGAACAACCAUGGGUGAACAAAUGUACAAGAGAAUUGGAGGUGAUGAAGGCUCUGAAUGCUUCCGAUGCUGGAAACGUUAAACUAUUUUAUUAUGAUAUAUCAAUUAAUCAAAAAUGUAACGAGGAGACGUUAUUUUCCGAUUUUUUGCGUGUUGUAAUAAUUGGCAGUAAUAGACGAAGGAAACGUGAAGUUGCAAAGAAUAAUAAAUCUUUAACCAAUUGUACCUUGGUAACGACAGUUUUAGAACUUGGCGAAGAAGACGCUACAAAACAUUGGCAGCGUUUAAAUUCUAAAAAGGUCAAUAGUAAUAGAGAAUUGGAACAAUUAAAAUUACAAAUCCAAAAACAAUUGGAUAAAUUGCAUGAAAAAGGUAAAUAAUAAGCUAGGGCCAUUCACAUCGGUUAGCCGAGAUGAAACCGAAAACUAUGAUCCUUACUAGGACUGAGACAGGAAGCGGGUGUCUAAAAACUAAAGAAAAAAUCCGGAAACCUGGAGAUACCGAAUACUUAUACAGUACAUAUUAUAUAAAUUAUUGCCCUGGGAUAGGAA